ACUCUCAUGUCCCUGUUUCGGUUGCUAAGGAAAAGAGAGACGGUCCAUGACAACGCUUUAUGCUCCGAACCGACAGAGAGAAACGCGAGACGGGUUUGAUCGUCCGACAGAGAAAGAGCGAGGGAGAGAGAGAGAGAGAGUGAACGAGAGAGCCUCGAGCACGGCUGGAAACUUUACGCUGACGUCUCAAAGGAUUGCGCAUGCGAUUUCCGUCCGCUCGGUUCACACAGACCGGAGUUAUUAUCACAUCAUCGGUUCGGUUCACAUUGCCGCCGGCCAGGUCAGCGUGAGAGUACGAGCCCGGGAUCCGCGGACGGCCACCGGGACGAGCGCCGCGUGCCCGCGCAGGCACCGAUCAGCACGAGCUUUGACACAUCUGCGACUGUUACUGAAAGUUUGUGACUGUGCUAAAAAAGUACCCAUUGAGAUAAGCUACACAAAACUUCACAAUGACUCUUUGCUGGCAUCACUGCUUCGUUUGCUGACAUUGGACUUUGCCGUAUGGGAUCCGAGGUGAAGUCGUCUGCAGCACCAUGCGUCGCUGUACUGGGUCAAUUUUACAGAUUGAAACAGACACAGGGGGGCGGGGCCAACCCCACAGACCGCCUCACCCUCUCACCCCGUCCUGAAACACACUUGAGACACACAGACAGACGCCGGGCUAGCCGGCCAAAGUAAUGGGCAACUCCUCUCGAAAGCAUGCCGAGGACGACGGCGAAGGAGAGGAGAAGAAAGAUCAUGAAAAGGCAGAAGGAGAGGAAGAGGCAGAGGAGGAGGAAAAAGAAGAGAUUGUGGAGGAUGAGGACCUGCCGCUGGGAGUCGAUGACCUCUUGGCGAGCGGAGACCCCGUAUUGGACUUGAGCUACUACAAGUUCCGCCGCCUUCCUGGGCAAGUCCUGUAUUUGCAGUAUUUGGAAAAACUCUACGUCUGCGGGAAUCGUCUUCGUGACAUCCCCAAGGGCAUCGUUCGGCUGCAAGGUUUGCGCACCAUGGCACUCGACUUUAACAAUCUCGAUGAUGUUCCGUUGUCGGUGUGCCAGCUGACCAACCUCACGUGUCUCUACCUAGGCAGCAACCGUUUGAUGAGCCUGCCGGCAGAAAUGAGGAACCUACAGAGCUUGCGCUGUCUCUGGGUGGAGAGCAACUACUUCCAACACUUUCCCAAGCAGCUGUACGACCUGCCCCACCUACGCUCCUUGCAGAUGGGGGACAACCGUCUGCGCACCCUGCCCUCUGACCUAUGGCGCAUGGAUGCCCUAAGAGGUCUCUGGCUUUACGGAAACCGCUUUCAGGAGUUCCCACGUGUGCUCCUUAAGAUGGAGCAGCUCGAGAUUCUGGACAUGGACCGCAAUCGGAUAUCGGAGUUUCCCAACUUGCAUCAUCUCCCCGCGCUGCGCCUCUUCUCCUAUGACCACAACCCUGUGAAGGAGCCACCGCGCGUUGGGGAGGAGGUGUUGAUCGUCGGAGAGGGAGCCGAGGAGGUCCUGCAAGCCAGAGAGAGGAGGAAAGGAGCAAAGGAACGGGCGGAGAAAGAGGCGGAGGAGGCGGCGGCUGCGGCCGCAGCGGCGGCUAACCCCAUCAUUCACGGAAUACUGAAGAAACUGAGAAUGAGCUCCGCCCUUAAUCUGGCAGGAGCUAAAGAGAAAGAAACAAAUGGGACGGUGCCAUCGACAGAGCAGGAUGGGUAUGGAUCGCAAGGGGCGGAGCUUGAGAGACAAGGUGUGGCACAUGAUGAGUCUGAGCUUGGGUAUGAGGAGGAGGGUCUGGAGUACGAAAGGGAAGAGCUAAUCUGUGAGGGCGAGGGGUAUGAUGAGUACGGAAGGGCGGUGCUAGAGUACGAAAGAGGAGGAAUGGACUAUGAAUACGAAGACGAGGAGCAAGAGGAAUAUGCGCAAGAGGGAGGAGCUUAAUGUUUGCAUGGGUUACAAUAGCGUGCUGUUAGAAGUUAAGUGUGCCACCAAACAAUUUUGCAACCCAACAUGACAAAACUGACUCUCUUUGGGGUGGACAUAUGUGGAAGUAUCAUUAUAUUCGCGAUUCUGUUUGAUGCCACUUGUGGCAGACACAUAAGGGUUGCAGGUUCAAUCCCAAAACCGAACUGGAGAAUUACUAUGAGAUACUUGAGGCCCCGAUAAUGGCACUUAAGUCCUUGAUGGGAUGACGUCUUUCUAAAAAAAAACCGGAAAGAUAGUAUUAGUGGGAGAAGGUGGAUAUCUAAAGGUGUUUUACUUGGAAAUACGGGCGGCUGUGCUUCUAAAUGACUGUUUACUGAAAAACAACUUUUCAAAGACAAAGUCAUGAACUAGCAUCACUCAAGCACCCAACAGAUCAUCAAAGAAGUAUAACAGCGUUGCUAUUUUUAAAAGCACUUUGUUGGCUGGACCAUUGUUGCAAACACAAGACUUCAAUAAUGACAGGGUUUAAAGACUUCACAACUGUCAGAAAUCAACUGUGAAACUGCACAAAAUGACUAUAUUGUGUGCUGUGUGUUUGUAAGAGCGUGCGUGCCGAGCUCUUCUUAGACAUGAGUGUACUGUUUAUAAGACACUUGAUACUGCAAUUGCGGUGAUGUGUGUUGGUGAAACCAAAUAUACUCUUAUUAAAUAACCAUGGAGUUUGUCAAACAUGUUUCAAUGAUUCAUGUCUUGUGGGGCGCAAAGAAAAUCUGAUACCGGGCUGGACGAUAUCACUAAAAUCAAAUUUCAGCCUUUUGACAAUAUUUACUGUAAUACACUCUAAAAAUGCUGGGUUAUUUUCAACCCAGCGUUGGGUAAGCAAUGGACGAACCCAACCGUCGGUUUGUAGAUUAACCGCUGCGAUGUUUUAACCCAAAAUGUUGGGUUAUCUUAACCCAGUGUUGGGUCAAGUAUAAAUACUUCCUGGGUUAAUUUAACCCAACAGUUGGGUUGAAAAUAGCCCAGCAUUUUUUAGAGUGUACGGCCCAGUUUCACAGACACGGCUUAGCUUAGUUUAAGACUAUGCCUUAGUUGAAUGAAGAUAUUUGUUGCUUUUAUAAAAAUACCAUAGAAGAAUACAUUACAGGUGUGCAUCUCGACUCGAGAAAAAACAAUGGCACUGAUAUAUCUUAACAUAUUUCAGUCUGUUAUAUGACUGUUAUAUUCAGUCAAGACAGGUCACACAUUCAUUUUAGUCUGGGACUAGCCUUAAGCCUCGUCUGUGAAACCGGGCCCAUAUGUCUUAAUAUUGGUGCGUCUGAAAAUGGUGAACAUUGUCAUCAAAAGAUUCAGACCAAGUGGCCUUAAAAUGACUUAAUGUAUUGAAAUGCUUCUUAAAGCUGCAAUCCGUAACUUACUCAAAAAUCUGUUAUUGUACAAUUGCAUUAAAAAUCAGUGUUGAAAACUAGCACACAAGUUUUAAACAGAGAUGGGGAUAGAGGCGAAAGUUACCGAUUUAAUUCUGUUGCGAUAUGUUGCGAAUGUUCAAUAUUCAAUAUAUCGCUCAGUCACAACCUGACAAAAAUCCAAACCGCUCUCACAGAAUUGAAGUUUCCACUUAAAAUCAUGGUGGUGGAAUACUUCAGCCAAGACGAGAGACAGAUACUGAAGAAAACCAUCUCUCUGCUGUCUUCUGCUCGAAGGACUCGAUGUAAGGACAGAGGAGAGA